AUGGCAAGCAAUUGCAGAUUAUGUGUUCUCGUUAUAGCAAGUGUAUUAUUGCUUGGUUUAAAUGCCGAGUUAGCCAUUAUUCUUUAUUCUUUAGGGCAUACACCUACAUCAAUUAUGGACAGCCAUCGUAAGUGCAUCCCGUCUGCCUGCGGUAACAUCCACAACAUAACCAGCCCAUUUCGACUAGCUAACGAUCCAAUUCAAAGCAACUGCGAGAACUGGCAUUACGACCUCUUUUGUCACAACAACCUCACAGUAUUGAGUGUACAUAGGGGAAACUACUCUGUGCAGGCAAUCAACAACGACAACUUCACAAUCCGAGUUGUAGAUCCUGGCAUUCGCAACCAUGAUUUCUCCUCCAUCCCCCGUUAUUCGCUUUCCAUAUAUAACUUAACUUCUCAUCUUCGAUUAGCAUCAAGUACAAUACCUAUAACUUUCUUCAAGUGUGCAAAAGCAGUGAACUCGUCUGUGAUGAGAACAUAUAAUUAUGUCAAGCAUGGGAAUAUAACGGCAUCAGAUAUGGAGGACGGGUGCAGAAUAGAGUGGACGACUUUGAUGAGUAAGUCGUUCUUGUACGGAAAGGACAGAAACUUUUCUUAUCAUGACAUACACAACGCACUGGGGUAUGGCUUUGAGCUUCACUACUCUCCCUGGACCAGCAACUUUCACUGGGGAGCAUUUUUCCAAGUAAGAUCUAUAUUUGGGGUUCCAUUUCUGGCUGCUCUUCUAAUCUACAAACGGCGAAGAAUGCAUUUGUCAAUGUAUAGCAGCAUAGAAGAUUUCCUGCAAAGUGAUAACAACCUCAGUCCUAUAAGGUACUCUUACUCCGAUAUUAAAAAGAUGACCAGUAGAUUCAAUGAGAAGUUGGGUGAAGGAGGUUAUGGCUCUGUAUUUAAAGGAAAGUUACGCAGUGGUCGAUUUGUAGCAGUUAAAAUCUUGGAGAAUCCUAAAGCUAAUGGACAAGAUUUCAUAAGUGAGGUAGCUACUAUUGGGAGGAUUCACCAUUUUAAUAUGGUUCAACUUGUUGGUUAUUGUGUUGAGGGAUCAAAGCGUGCCUUAAUUUAUAACUUCAUGCCAAAUGGAUCUCUUGAUAAAUAUAUUUAUUGCAAAGAAGGAAGCAACCCCUUAAGUUGCAGGAAAAUGUAUGAGAUGUCUCUUGGAGUGGCUCAAGAGAUUGAAUAUCUACAUCGAGGUUGUGACAUGCAAAUUCUACAUUUUGACAUCAAGCCUCACAAUAUUCUUCUGGAUGAGAAUUUCAUCCCAAAGAUUUCUGACUUCGGGCUUGCAAAGCUAUAUCCGGUGGGUAAUACCAUCGUCUCUUUGACGGCAGCAAGAGGAACAAUGGGAUACAUGGCUCCUGAGUUGUUUUACAAAAAUAUUGGAGGUGUCUCAUACAAAGCUGAUGUCUAUAGUUUUGGAAUGUUGUUGAUGGAAAUGGCAAGUAGAAGGAAGAAUUUGAACGCAUCCAUAGAGCAUUCAAGCCAAAUUUAUUUUCCUCGUUGGGUCUCAGACCAAUUUUGCAUGGGCAAAGAGUUUGAGAUGGAUGAUGCUACAGAAGAGGAAAAGAAAAUAAUAAAAAAGAUGAUUAUAACUGCUUUGUGGUGUAUACAAUUGAAGCCAAGUGAUCGUCCUUCGAUGAACAAAGUUAUAGAGAUGCUUGAGGGAGAGGUUGAAUGCUUGCAGCUCCCUCCCAAGCUUCUUUUAUAUCCACAACAAGAGAUGCCCAGAGACAAUCUUCAUGCUAUUUCGAAUCCAAUGUGUUCUAACACAGAGCUAACAUGUAGUACUCUGUCAGCUAGGUGA